CGAUCUCCUAGAACCUUCCUGUAAGCAGCUGGCGCUGUGAAAGCAUACACCUGUUGAAACCAGCGGCCAGUAUCUGUUACGAAGAAGCAGAAGGAAGCAGCGCGAGCUAAUGCGAGGACGUGCAGAAGUUCCAACAGUCAAGUCGUCGUUCAGUCAUGCAUGGACCUCACCGGACGUAGUUUCUUGUGCUCACACAAUCCCGCUUCACGUUGCACCUUCUGGAAGGUGAGUGUUACGUUAAGAGCUUUGUCUGCAUGAUGCUAUAUCUGUCAAGAUACGCGCAUCUCAUGCGCGGUUUAAAGCACAGUAUAUAGCGUUCGCAGUUUCGGGGAUGUUGGUAACUCCCAAGCUGAAGCCGAGGCGCACUUUAUGCGAUAAUUUUCCUUUCUUCGAACUAUGAGUAAACAAAAGCACACGGUUAAGGCAGGGGUAUCCGUGAUAUAGAUCGAAUCUCCGAAUGGGAAGACCUAACACUGUAGUAAAUUUUAUGCCUGUAACACCAGCACCGACACUUGUGGUAGACUGUUAAUGUAAUAUGUGUAGCAGUGGAUGCUCUGUAAGAUUCAUUCCAUGGUAUACGAUAUUGUCGAAUGCCUUCUUAUAUUCAGUGUUGCGACUAUAAUUUCGAUACAUUUUCAAAUACAAUAGUUUUAAUUUUCCGUAGGUGCGCAACAUCAACCGCGGGGGUCUACAGCUGAACAGCAGCGGCGGACACUGUCGACCCCUCGUAGAUGAACAGAAGGCCUAACUCUGACCACGACGGAGGCAACCACUCAGGAAGUUUUCGUUGAUACUACGACGGCGAUUACUACGACCAUGGUGCCUACUAAGACUACCCACACCACGGCGACUACGACCACAGCGCCAAUUGAGACUACUACUAAGACGACUACGACCACGACGACUACGACAACAACCACGACUACAACCACCACGACAACCACUACCACGACUACCACCACUACGACAACGACAACCACGACGACUACCACCACAACGACUACUACUACCACCACCUUGAAACCACCUCUGCCUCAUAAGUUUCUUGCUUGUGUCAGUUCAGUCGUUCAGGCAAUAUUUCACCCACUGGAUGAUGUGUGUUACUUCAUGUUCUUCACCGUCCAAGACAUCAAUCAACUAAAAAACAAGAAUCUCGGUCUUGCGAGAAGCAAAACUGGUAUCGACAUACCGAGCUCAAAAGCCAACGCUAAUCAGGGCAAACUUGAAAAUUCCAUCGCAGCGUACUGGCCAAAGAUCAGAGACUUCGCUGUCCUGGACAUGGAACUCCGUCCAAGCGUUUCCACUUAUGUCGGUCAUGUCGAAGCAUUUCUAACAGAAACGGACAGACUUAUAAAUAUCCAUAUGAGAGCAGAACCAACGCCAAGGAGGAACUUUGGCUACGUGCUUCUAGGUGUCGCCAUACUCCGUGGAAGCCAACAACCAAGCACCCUCAUGGCUAACUUCAAUCAGCUUGUACAGGGAAUUAAGCCAGACGCACUAGUGUACCGAACAACUCUCAAUCGCAAUAUAACGGACCCAAACGUAUGCUGGACUACAGGACCGUCACCCUGGCAGGGACCUGGCAUGCCGUCUAUGCAGUCGUCAUUCGUUGACUCGCUGGCAUUCAGGCAUGUGACUGGGUUCCAACCACUGCCUUUGAAAUCAACGGAAUUGCUCUCCUUCAGCGCUGCGGCCAUAAUAACGACUUACAAAGACAAGGAUUAUAGGAGACCACCCAUUUCUCCAUGCCAGAGUGUCACCCAGGGCAAUCCAAAAGAACUGCUCUGCGAAAAUGGACUAUAUUAUAGGAUAGUAACCGAACAUCUGGAGCACCUUGAAACCGACGCCACUCGAUGGGACCAAUGGGGGCGUACGUUUGACACCACUAUCACGGUAGCGUACGACUCGGGUUGCACUAUGUCGAGAAAGAUGUGUCUGUCUUUCAAUACAUAUGGCUUCACGGGCGGCUACGUCAUCUUCGACGUCCAUUUCCACUACUUGUGUUCAGCACCGCCAGCAUUCAUAGAUUCCAAGGGUGACUUUGGCGUUGUGAAGUGGGCAAAAGUUAAUAUGAAUAAGAACUACGCGGGGAUAAACUGCAGCGACUCGUGCUGAUAAGCUCAUGGGUGAAGAAUGUGAUUUACCAUUUGGA